UGAAGACAGUGAACCUACAGGAAGUCUCCGUUUGUACUGAGCACGCGCAGAUCCUGCUGCACGUGUGUGUCAGAGUCCAGUUCCUCACGAGCCUGGAGCAGAAUGAGUUCAGCUGGAGGGGGCUCGGCCCUGCGGGUGCACGCCGUGCGGUUCGGCCCGGGUCAGGAGCUGCUGGGGUCUCUGCAGACGUUCGUGCAGGAGCGGCGACUGCGAGCGCCGUUCAUCAUCACCUGCGUGGGCAGCGUCACCAAGGCAACGCUCCGGCUGGCCAACGCCACGGCGACAAACACAAAUGAGAUGAUCCACCUGAGCGGUCGGUACGAGAUCGUCUCCCUGGUCGGCACCGUGAACCCAGAGGCCCACCUCCACAUCUGCCUGUCGGACGCGGAGGGCAGGACCGUCGGGGGUCACGUGCUGGGGGGUCUGGAGGUGUUCACCACGGCCGAGGUGGUCGUCGGGGAGGCGCUGGACCUGCAGUUCACCAGAGAGAUGGACGUGCACACGGGUUUCCCCGAGCUCGUGGUGCAGCCGCGGCCGCAGGCGGAGAAAUGACCUCCGGGACGGUUCUGUUCCAGAUGCUGUGGAAGCAACGAGAGCUGAAGGAGUGAAACACAAUCAUUCGGCCCAAGGUGAUUCCUUCUGUGUUAAAUAAUCUGAGGUUCUGAUCGAAGGUUAUAUGCUGUGAUUGAUUUCAGACCUGUAAACGAACACUGAAGAAUAAACUCCCGCUCGUCUGUC